AACAACUUUAAUUAUUGAUAAACAAUAGAGUGUUGAAAAUACUAUAUUGGAAAUUAAAUAAAUAUUUUCUUUUGAUUAAAUCAUGGGAAAAACAUCCAAAGAUAAACGAGAUAUUUAUUAUCGAAAAGCUAAAGAAGAAGGAUGGAGAGCAAGAAGUGCAUUCAAGUUGCUCCAAAUUGAUAAUGAAUACAAUAUAUUUGAAGGAGUAACUAACGUAGUGGACCUAUGUGCAGCACCUGGAAGCUGGAGUCAAGUUUUGUCACUAAAAUUGAAUGAACGUUAUAAUGCUGAACUUGAAAAACACAAGAAAGCUCAAGAUCCAUGUUCUACAGAAGCUAUUCAAGCACCAAAAAUUGUAGCAGUUGAUUUACAGGCUAUGGCCCCUUUAAAUGGAGUUAUUCAAAUUCAAGGCGAUAUCACCAAGCUUAGUACUGCAGAAAAAAUAAUAGCAUAUUUUGAAAAUAGUAAAGCUGAUCUUGUAGUUUGUGAUGGUGCUCCUGAUGUGACGGGAUUACAUGAUAUGGAUAUUUACAUUCAAUCUCAAUUGCUUUUAUCAGCUCUCAAUAUUACCACUCAUGUUUUGAGGCCAGGAGGUACAUUUGUUGCAAAAAUUUUUCGAGCUAGAGAAGGAUCUUUAUUAUUUUCCCAAUUAAAAAUAUUUUUUCGACAUGUUGCUUGUGCAAAACCAAGCAGCUCCCGCAACUCAAGUAUUGAGGCAUUCGUAGUAUGUAAAGAUUACUCACCACCAAUAGACUACGUUCCUCAUAUGUUGAAUCCUCUUUUGACUCAUGAGCCAUUAAAUUAUGAUAACUUGCCGGGUGCUAAUAAAUGUAUUGUUCCUUUUGUGGUUUGUGGAGAUUUAAACCAACCAGAUUCAGAUGCUUGUUAUCCGCUUCCUAUAAAUGACGAAAAUUACACCUAUCAUGAACCAGUUCAAAAACCUAUUAAUCCCCCAUACAAAGAAGCUAUUGAUCGAGAAGCGAAAAUAAAUGAGUCCAAAAAAAUGUUACUAUCUAUUGAUGAAUUCAAGAAAAAAUGUAAAAAUGAAAAAAGAAAUGAAGAAAAGAGUUCAACUAAAGAAAACGACGAUUGCAAUAAUUUCAUUCCAGAUUUAACAAAUUUACUACUAUUUGAUGAUUAA